UUUUCUUCUCAUUAUUUUUUGCCAGAUUAUGAACGAAAACAUAACAACAACUACCAAAAACAAGAAUAUUUACUUUAACGAUACUUUAAAUUCAACUUUAAAUACCGGCCUAGAUUUAUUAACAGCUUUACCUAUUCAAUUUGAUUUUUAUAACACAAAUAUGGUAUCCAUUCCAGAGAAAAUUUCAACUACCGGGCUUUCUACAGCAAUUUCUAUUUUAAUGGGGGUUAUUGUUGUAGCUUCCUUUUUAUUAAAUAUGGCUGUUUUUGUUACGAUUUUGACAUGGUAA